AGCCACACAGCCCAGAGGCUUGUGAAUCUGGUGCAUGGUGGAUCCAUACUGUCUCUGCUGCUUCUCCUGCUCCCACUGCUGCUUCUCACGGUUCGCAAGAAAAUGGACUAUUAAUCAUCUGAUUAGACUUCGCAUCUGGUGAAAACAUCACAUCAACAUGGGGAAACAGAACAGCAAACUUCGUCCUGAGGUCAUGCAGGAUUUACUAGAAAGUACAGACUUUACCGAGCACGAGAUUCAGGAAUGGUACAAAGGCUUCUUGAGAGACUGCCCAAGUGGACACUUAACCAUGGAGGAGUUUAAGAAAAUAUAUGGGAACUUUUUCCCUUAUGGGGACGCUUCCAAGUUUGCAGAACAUGUAUUCCGCACUUUUGAUGCCAAUGGAGAUGGAACAAUUGAUUUUCGAGAAUUUAUCAUAGCUUUGAGCGUGACCUCCAGGGGGAAACUGGAGCAGAAGCUGAAGUGGGCAUUCAGUAUGUAUGACUUGGAUGGAAAUGGUUAUAUUAGCAAAUCAGAAAUGCUGGAAAUAGUGCAAGCAAUCUAUAAGAUGGUUUCUUCUGUAAUGAAAAUGCCAGAGGAUGAGUCAACACCAGAAAAAAGAACAGAGAAAAUCUUUCGGCAAAUGGAUACCAACAGAGAUGGAAAGCUAUCAUUGGAGGAAUUCAUCAAGGGGGCGAAGAGUGACCCGUCCAUUGUCCGGCUCCUUCAGUGUGACCCAAGCAGUGCCGGACAAUUCUGAACCUGUUAUUUUAAUGGAGUACAUUUCUACUUUUGUUUUAUAUUAUUUUUUGCCAAAAUUACAUUUGUCAUGGUGUAGGCUUCUUAUGGCCGGACAUCCUUUUUUUGUGGUAUAUAUUAUUUGGGAUGACUAAAAUGGUGAAUUCAGCGUUUGAUUGAGCAGGACACAGGAUGUACUAAAAGAGUAUCUGAAUUCCCCUGCUGUUUCAAUGUAAUCUGUUAAAUAUAAUGUUUUAGUGUUGUACUUGGUUCAACAACCUUGUAGUUAUAUUUUUGGAAUUAAUUUUUUUGAAUGCUGGGAGUUUGCUCGACCUAUUGCAAGGCAACACAGUGCUUCGGGCACUUGGAGGGUUAAUAAAUCGUUUCUGUGUCAUGGAGAGCAAAGUUUGUGAACAGUCAGGACCCUUAUUAGAUUACACUAAUGUUUGUAAUGCUAGGACGAUGCAUACUGGAGGCUUUCACCAAACAAAAAUAAAAAGUGGGUAAAAUUUGAUUGAAA